CAGGUACACCACCUCAGCGACGACGGCCAGACUCAGAGCGCGCGGAGUCAGCCAUCCCACACGGGCGCACGCGUACACGCCGAGAAAAACGGGAAGUUGGGCUCGAGCUCUGGAGCGCGCGGCGUCACAAUGUUCAGCUGGGUGAAGCAGGAGCACGGCAGCCACAACAAGGAGGGAGAGAUGUACCAGACCGUGACGGAGGGGCUGCAGACGCUCUACAGCAAGAAGCUGCUGCCGCUGGAGGAGACAUACCUCUUCCAUGACUUCCACUCGCCGGCGUUGGAGCCCGCGGACUUCCAGAGCAAGCCCAUGGUGCUGCUGGUGGGCCAGUACUCCACCGGGAAGACCACCUUCAUCAGGUACCUGUUGGAACAGGAUUUCCCCGGGAUGCGGAUUGGUCCGGAGCCAACCACCGAUGGCUUCAUCGCUGUGAUGUAUGGGGAAAACGAAGGCGUCGUCCCCGGCAACGCUCUUGUGGUGGACUCCAAGAAACCGUUUAGGAAGCUCAACGCCUUUGGGAACGCCUUCCUCAACAGGUUCAUCUGCUCUCAGAUGCCCAAUCAGGUCCUUCAGAGCAUCAGCAUCAUCGACACACCUGGAAUUUUGUCGGGAGAAAAGCAGCGAAUCAGCAGAGGUUACGACUUUGCGGAGGUUCUGCGCUGGUUCGGUGAGCGGGUGGACCGCAUCAUCCUGCUGUUCGACGCCCACAAACUGGACAUCUCCGACGAGUUCUCGGAGGCCAUCCGGGCCCUGAAGGGCCAAGACGACAAGAUCCGGGUGGUCCUCAACAAGGCCGACCAGGUGGACACCCAGCAGCUGAUGAGGGUGUAUGGCGCCCUCAUGUGGUCGCUGGGGAAGGUGAUCAACACUCCUGAGGUGGUGAGAGUUUAUCUGGGCUCCUUCUGGGCCAAACCUCUGCAGAACACGGAGAACAGGCGGCUGUUCGAGGCCGAGUCUCAGGACCUCUUUCGGGACAUCCAGAGUCUCCCCAGGAACGCGGCUCUCCGUAAACUCAAUGACCUCAUUAAGAGAGCGCGGCUGGCGAAGGUGCACGCCUACAUCAUCAGCUACCUGAAGAAGGAGAUGCCCACUCUCUUCGGACGGGAAAAGAAGAAGGAGGAGCUGAUCAUGAGACUGCCAGAGAUCUACACCAUCCUGCAAAGAGAGCAUCACAUCAGCGCCGGAGAUUUCCCCAACGUCAACAAGAUGCAGGACAUGCUGCAGCACUACGACUUCCACAAGUUCCCGUCUUUGAAGAUGAAGCUGAUCGAGUCCGUGGACAAGAUGCUGGCCACCAAGAUCGCCGUUCUGAUGGCCAUGAUCCGGGAGGAGGAGUCUAAGCAGCCGGCACCCUUUGUGUCGGGCGGGGCUUUCGAGGGCUCCCAGGACGGGCCCUUCGGUCAGGGCUACGGCGAGGGCAUCAGCGCCGGGGCGGACGCCGAGGAUUGGAUCGUGAGUCGAGACAAGCACCGCUACGACGAGAUCUUCUACACGCUGAUGCCCGUCAACGGCAAGAUCACCGGCGUCAACGCCAAAAAGGAGAUGAUGAAUUCCCGGCUGCCCAACACCGUGCUGGGAAAGAUCUGGAAGCUGGCCGACUGCGACCAGGACGGCAUGCUGGACGACGACGAGUUCGCCCUCGCCCAGCACCUCAUCAAGAUCAAACUGGAGGGCUACGAGCUGCCGAGCGAGCUGCCCGACCACCUGGUGCCUCCGUCCCACCGCAAGAACCCCGCCGCCAACACCCUCUACAACCACACCGAGGACUAACACGGCGCCCGCGGAGCCAGGAGGAGCGCCGCCACAGGUCAGGAGUUUUAGUCAGGCGUGUGAUGAGGCAGCCCUGAACUCAGGGGGACGCUUAGAGAGAAACCACCUUCGUGUUCCGAGACGUUUCUGUGCUUCUGUCUGAAAAUAAAACCCCACUCAUCUACUCGCGCCUCUGAAGAGCGGCGGCGGUUUGAUGCCACAGACACUCUCAUUCUUCACUUUACUGUAUCAGAAAACAACAAACCUCCAGAUUCUUCUUAGAGAAGAAACUGGAAAUGAAUUUAAAUCAAGGCAGAAAAAAAACCAAAAAUCUAAAUCGCCUGAAACCAAACCUCACUAGAAAGCUCCCGAUGGUGUUUUGAUGCAGGACGGCGUCCCUGAGGUCAAGCGUCUGCCUCCGCAGACCACAUUGUGACAGCAGCAGAUGGAGACUCCAGUGCAGAAAUAUUCUCAUCUCUUUAUGUGGAGCAUUUUCUGAACUUUUGCAAGACUCACAACUGCAACUGUUUGAUGUAAAUCCCUGUUCUUUUGCCUUAUGAUUCUUUCACGCUGUCGAUCGCCGCCAGCAGGUGGCGCCGCAGUGCCUCAGUCCGCCUCUGACUGUGACGUUUCUAACAACAGAGUUAGAGUUUCUAUUGAAUUGUCUGUAUAUUCAAAUAAUCUUAAGUUUUUUUUUUUGAGGAAUCUUGAUGUGAGGAAUCAUCUUGUCAUGAUUUCUUCAUGAUCAGGUCUGGAUAGCAGAUCCAUCAACUUCCAGUUUGAUUCCAUGUCUAAUUUGAUUAAUAAAUACCUAUGUUUGUUUCCAGAAUUGACAUUUUAAAACCAAUUUUGUUUAGUUUAAAAAAAAACUUACUUUAUAGCUAGUGAUUUAAACUCCAGAAAUCUGGAACUUUUAUUAAUAAAACAAUCAAUUCGAGUUUUACGGCCAGUUAACCAACACGUUUCUUUUUUUAAUUUACGACAUUUAAGUCGUAGAUUUAUGAUGAAAAACACCAAAGCUGUCUGUUUAUCAGAGCCUAAAGAUGAAAGAUAUGGAGUAUAUUGUGAAGUUUUUUUCUUGUAAAUUUACAACUUUAAAUCACGGGAUUUUACUUUUUUUUUGUGGACCUCUGUCUUAAAAAAAAAAACCCUGCAGUUUUUGGGCUUAAAAAAUAAAAAUAAAAAGCUUUAAAAUAUUUUUCUAAACCCAGCCCUGACUGUGACCUUGUAACGCUUCCACUGAGGCCUUCAGGAGUUCCCACCUCCAUGUUGUUCUUCUCCAAAGAGGAGCAGCUUUUGACGUAUGCUCUGAUGUUAAAUAAAAACAGCCGAAAUGUGCCGUAA